UAUCAAUUGGUUAUACCAAAAAACAAAAAACAAAAAAACAAAAAGGCAAAAGUACAUUCACUCCACUACUUGUCUACUUUCAUUAAAGGGUCUCUCUUCUACAGUCCCAAAAACACUGAUCUGAUCUGAAAGAAUCAAAGGUUGUUGCUGGAACUCUUUAACAAGAGAGAAUUGGAGAUAUGGGUCGUGGAGUCAGCUAUGGAGGAGGGCAAAGUUCACUGGGGUACUUAUUUGGGAGCGGUGAAGCGCCAAAAUCAACCACGGAAAGUGCCCAAGCUGUUCAAAGUGAAGGACAGGCAAUAAAUAAAGAGCCAGCUUCAAAGCCUGCUGUUUCUGCUCCAGUUGAUGCUGCUAAGCAGAUUCCUGCUGGUAUUCAGAGCACCCACUCAUUUAACCAUUUCAGGAGAGAUGGUCAAAACACAGGCAACUUUAUCACGGACCGACCAUCUACCAAAGUCCAUGCUGCUCCUGGAGGUGGAUCUUCUUUGGGAUAUCUCUUUGGCGAUGGCAGCAGCUAAGCAAUUCUCCAAUCUACAGUUGGAUAAUUAUCUUAUUGUUUCUUUACCUUUUGUCUUUCGACUAUGUUGUAAUUGUAAUUGCGAGUAUUUCAGGUUGUUGUGAAGUGUUAAUUGGAUAAACUUCCGUCUAAAGUCCCAGUUGACACUUGAAACUAAAGUUACUACUAUCUAAUGUAAUAUGUGACUUUUGUUGAUUGAUCAUUUGAUUUAACA